AAGACGGUUACUUGGAGGUGCUGAAAGAAAGCACCCGCCGAGACUGUAACCAACCUGACGAAGAUGGCCUUACUCCCACCCUUUGGGCCGCCUACAAAGGCAACCUGGAGGCCCUCAGGCUCAUCGUUGGAAGGGGAGGUGAGCCCGACAAGUGUGAUCACUAUGGCAACACAGCACUGCACUGUGCUGCUGCCCAAGGACACAUGUCCUGUGUCUCCUUCCUUGUCAAUUUUGGUGCUAACAUUUGGUCAUUAGACAAUGACUUGCACACUGCCAAAGAGCUUGCUGCCAUGAAUAACAGGGAAGACAUUCUCCGCUACCUGGACACGGUCUCCGCAAAGCAGACUACGACUGACCCCAAGCAAGUGAAAAAGUUGCAAGAUAGAGCACUGAAGGAUGCUGAGAAGCGACAAAAAGAGUUUGACAAAAUCCAAAGGAAAGCUGACAAGAAACGGGAAGAAGAAAAUGCCAAACUACAGAAGGAGAGACAAAAGAUAGAGAAAGUUGAUGAAAGACCACAAGGCAAGAACAAAGGUAUCAUGAACACCAUCUCUCGUGGCUCCAUUGCUCUAUUCAGUGGCCCAAGAAGAGACUCUCACACAAUCUAUAACAAUACUUACAACAGUCCAAAAUUCUCUGACCUGACUACCACAAACAACAAUAAUGCCAAAAAAAGUGUGGGAGUCAUACAGAAAAAAAUAAGUAAGAAGAAAGUUCUGGAUGAAAUUAAAACCUCUAAUAAUUUCAAGGUACGAGAGGUAGAAUCUGAUGGCAAGAACUCGGUUCGCAAUCUUUCUGGUCUCCGUCGGGACUCUGAGAUUAUGUUUGUGCCAGGUGGUAGUCUAAGCAGCACCAACAAUGGCAAAAGAGGGAAACUCACUGAUGUGUUUGAAACUAGUGACAGUGAACAUGGUGGGAGACCCAUGCAGCGGACUCUCAGCCAACCAGACUUUAUCUUUGACGGCAUGGUGCAACCAAGUAUGCAGCCUAGAGGUUCCCUGUUUGCUAGACCUGGUUUUGGUUCCGUUGCCUUUAGAUCAAACUCAAUUACGGCAACAUUGAGCAGCUUGGCUACCAGCGGCAGUGAAUCCCCAAAGCCCUUAUCUGCAGGAGAUUCUUCUAGCUCACUGACUCACAGGCAAGCUGCUGAGCCCUGGGAAGAAGAGGAUCUACCCUCGGAUGAUGAGAGUGAAGCAACACCUGUAUACUUGUUCCUUGCUGCUGCUGGCCUUGUAGACUUCAUCCCAACAUUUGCCAGAGAGCAUAUAGACCUUGAUGCUCUCAUGCUCUUGAAUGAAGAGGAUCUAAUAAAUAUGAAACUACCAAUUGGACCACGUAGAAAACUUCUCAAAGCCAUUGCAGACCGCAAGUCUACCAUAGAUGACCCUGGUGAAGUUCAAGAUAGUAAACUUUGACUUAUACUUAGUGAUUUUUGAAAGUUUAAUUGCAAUAAUGUGAAGUCAUCAUUUCAGUUGUGUAUAAUAAUUCCUGUUAAAAGGUACAUUCUUUUGAAAGCACUAAAAAUUAAUAUACACACAAAGCGAGUUUUUUUUUUAACUGUAGUGAUAUUUAAAUUACAGUACAAUAUUUUAAUUUUACUUGGCUACUAUCAGCACUGCUAAUAAGAAAUAAUUAUUCAAAAAUAAAAGUUUGAUGUCUAGGAAAACCCUACCUAUGACCAUGCAAAAACAUGUAAUAUUUCCAGAUAUAGCACAAACUAUUAAGAUCUGCUUAAUAGUUUUUUAAGUUGCUCAACUCUGGUUUUAUUAAUUUUUCCAAGUGUAACACAUGCUUGUUUUAGCAUUAAUGUACAAUAUUUUUAACAUUUACAAAAAUAAAAGAAUACAAAGUCAACUAGUCUUGAUAUGUUAAGUAUUGUAUUAUUUUAUUAAAUUAUGGAUAUUUCUGAGAAAUAUUAUGAUUGUUUGCUGAUAUUCUAUCCUGGAAUUAAGACUUAAUGCAUUGUCACUUUUGUAUGUUUGCUAUGUAGAUACAGUAGUAUGUGCAGAUGGAAAAAUUUGUAACAAUAUAAUGUACAAAUUAACCUCUUCAUUAAUUUGCAGCUAGGUAACAUUGUAAUUAAAGCCAAACAAUAUGUAUUAUGUCUGCAGAUGUCAAAAUUUUUAAUCAAAUUUAUAUAGAUAAAAUAAUGUGUAGCUAUUUAUCAAAAAUUAGGGUAGUUUUCUUUUUCUUAAGAAGAAUGCCUGGCCAAGAUUUGUUUAAUUCUCUUGUUAAAUUAAUUUACAAAGAAAAUUUUAUGCAAAAUUAAUAUGUAUGUAAUGUAAAACAUUUCAUGAAGUACAAGCAUGCAAACAUUUACCAUCUAUACAUAAAAAAAAUAGAAUUCACAACUGGUCAUCGCCAAAUGACCCAUAUGGGUUUUAGCAUUUUUUUUUUUAUAUAAUAACUAUUCUGUCAGCACGGCUGCCUCUAAAGCAGCCAACUCAGGUUCGACCCCUGGUGGAGUCUUCUUUCUGUCAUAUCUGAGCACCUCUGCAAAGACAGUGAUUAUGUAUGAAUGAUGAUGAAAGUUUUUUCUUUCUUUUUGGGUUACCCUGCCUUGGUGGGAAAUGACAAACAUUGAAAAAAAAAAAAAAAAUUCACAAGACAGAGUAUGAUGUUCCAACUGACUAGCCCAGAGCUCUGUCAGACCAUGUUGCCAUAUCAUAAUAGUCAUAGUAAUUGAUUUAUACUUAACUACACCUCUUCUUUGGCACACCUUGUUUUAUUCAUUUUUGUUAAUGCUGAAGGUCUUAUAGCUUGAAUAACUUUGGAGUGACAUCUAAGCUAUCGUAUCUGAAUGCCUCUGCAAAGUCAGUGAUCAUGUAUGAAUGAUGGCGAGUGUUGAACGAUGAUGAAAGUUUUUUUUUUCCCCUUUCUUUUUGAGUCACCCUGCCUCAGUGGGAAACGGCCAAUGUGUUAGUUAUCUUGAAAAAAAAAAUUUUAUGUACUGUACCAAAAUACUAAUUACAUGUAACAGUAUUUUAUAAUUAACUUACUUCCUCAGCAGUGACAUUAAAUAAUUAUGCUCGUAUCCAUGUCUGCAUUAUUUACGGACUCAAAAACUUUGCUUAAUCGAUAUAAAUAUUAUUCAAAUAGUAUUUUUUUUGAACAUCUACAUACUGUACCAUAAUAUUUAAUAUACAUGUAUAUACUGUAUACAAAAUUUCGUUUCCUUCUCCUGAUGCAGAUAUGAUGUAUACUUGUAAGAUGGAAAAUUCAGAUUUUACGUAGAUCAGACUAAACAUAAAAACACUUAGUAUAUAUGCCAGAACAUUGUGUGUGUGUGUGUGUCUUGAUUUGGGUUCACCUGAGUGAAUCAGCAAAUUGUUUGUACGGCUAGAAAAAAAAAAUUACAUUAAGAAUGAGUGUUCUCUAAAAUACGGUAAUGAAUAUACAUAAAGUAACCCUGUAGGAUUAUCUACUAUAGUCACAGACAAAAGUUACGUUAUUCAUCUGUUAAGUGCUGUACUGAACCCUAAGCAAGUUCCAGCAAUUCAGACAUUUAACAGUUCUUUUUGUCCAUGACAUGUGAAGAAAUAGCGUGUGGCAACUUAUAGUAAUAUAUGUAAAUCCGAAGAGCCAUUUAAGUGGCCAUAGGAUAACCUUUUUGUCUAUCCUCAGCUCGCAUCAUUGCAUUUCAAGUGCCCAUUGUCAUUCAAUAAAUUGUUUAAAAUUA